CCAGCGCUGGGACAGACGGACAGACACUUUGCCAGCCGCCGAGUCUACGGACGGAUCACGCUCAGCGAGCAAUCCGAUAUUUACAGUCUCUCGUCGUGAGCGAGUGAUUGGGCCCUAAAAGCGAAGUGCUCGUGACAGAAACCAUAUGCAAUAAGCAGACAAGGAAAUCGGUAUCAGGAAUACAUGAAGGCAACGAAACCAACAAGAAAGUCAAGUUUGAAGUAAAGCUACUUAAAGAAUCUAGUUAUCGGCAAGGUCAUCGAUCAUGUAUUUUACCAACUGUACAGCCGUACCUGUACGGGUGUUAAUCCACAUGGAGUAUUGUCAUUAAGCAGCCAUCAGUGUGUGCAACAUCGAAAAAUAAAAUACGUGACUGAAAGGGGAGUAGAAGGUUCUGAAGUGUUUAAAAAGCCACAAGGACAAGAACAAGACGCGCGAACCGAUCGGGAUUUAUUGAAUACCGGUCCGAUCGUGAUCCCGUGUUAAAUAAAGAAAAAUAAUAAAAAGAUAUCAAGACUAAAUAAGGAGAGCCGCGGUAGGACUGAAUUUUGUCAAAGGACGCGUGACAGGAUUAAAAAAAAAGCACACGAGGAUAAAAAUCAGCCGGAUUAAAAAUCGGUUAAAAAUCUGUUUAACCUAGUCCGAUAGGAAGGGACGGUUUAUUGAAAAGUGUGUUCAAGAGUAAAAAGAUCGAGCAAGGGAAGUGGAAAGACCAUUGUUAACAUGAGGAGAGCGGUACUCACCGCUUGCAUUUUGGGCUUCGCCCUGGCAGGAAGUCCCAGGUUACCCAGAACUUCCGCCGAUCAGCGCAGCAUCCGAAAUGCCAAUAUCAAUAAUAAUAUUACUGGAAAUAUUUUACCACCAGCGUCCCGCAGUUCUCUACGAAACAGGGAGCAAUACCUCUUCAAUGUCUUUGAGGUGAUAGUGUCGACCUUGGAAUCGAAACUGCAGCGCAUUGAAAAUUUGGACAAAGCAGUGGAACAUCUGAUGAGACGCGUGGAGGCUUUGGAUUCACGUGUCAAUGAUAACAUUGAUAAGACAGACGCCGUGAUAACGAAAUUGAGAACGCUUGAUCUGAAAUUGUUCCACGUGCAGCCGACGUUGCCACCGGAAGCUGCACUGGAGUCCAGAACGGCCGAAAGUCGCAGCAGCAACGAGGAUGUUCCAAUAAUCCGACUGAUUCAUCACGACGACCCUUCGCCCGAAUCUCUCGGAGAGAAGCUGAUAUCCCUGGACCAAAAAGUCUCGGACAUUGAUAACAAGUUGGUCGUUUUGAAAAAUCAAUUGGAUAACAAUUUCUUACCCAGUGACGACAUCAAUGUCGAGGCCAGUGAAAAAAAACCAAUCAGUAUGAACGUCAUCGAGAUCACCAAAGCUUUGAACAACGAGGUCAUGAAUCACGUGUCAGUGGAAAUUGAGAAUCUACGUCAGGCAACUGGAAAUAUGGACCGGAAGCUGCAAUUCCAUAUGAAUCUUGUCUCGGAUAAUUUGGGCGCUGUUUAUACCAUGAUAAGGGACGUCCAUGACGCAGUCGUCGAUAAGGAAGCUUCGGUCAACGUCACCACCACUCAGGCGCCACCUAGACAGAGCAAAAUUGAUCGUCUUGUUGAACAGAUGCAUCCCAUGUUAACUGUAUCGGAAAAAAUGGAUGAAGUCUGGGACGUUGUGGUUGGCACCAAGAGUUCCGUUGACGAUCUUUUACCAAAAUCUGACGAGCUACUGACGCAAACGCAGCGUCAGGAACGAGCGAUAAGCGAAAUUCACGCUGACCUGAGAACAAAGACGAAUAAGAUAAUCGAAAAUCUAGAAGGAGUCGAAAGCAGGUUGAGAAAACAGGAAGACGAUGUCGCCACUCUCGCUCAACGUCCGGUACCUGCUGAACUUCUUCUAGAUCCGACGAUCGAUCGACUCGUAGAAUACGAUCCGACUAGAUACAUCGCAGUCACCGACGACUUUGUGACCGACACAUCAAUUCCCACUGUUAUCACAACCACCGUACCGCCUGCCACAACAGUUCAGUCAACCUCAACAAUGCCGCCGCCUUCCAACAAUCUACCAGUGACGUCACCAAUGACUCCAGCAACUUCUAGUCAGCGUUCAGCCACAAGGAAUCGCGGUGUCAUCUUCCCAAGUGUUAAGAAUAAGCCAAGCCCUGCCAAUUCCACCUUCACUACCGAUCUGUUGGUCAACUUGAAGGAUAUCAAGGGCUACUCGUGCGUGGAUCUUCUGAAUGCUGGCAUGCGUGACAGCGGCGUCUACUAUCUUCAAAUUCGUGGCACGACCUACUGGUUUCUCAAGGUUUACUGCGAGCAGGAAAUUGCCGACGGAGGCUGGACGGUAAUUCAAAGGAGAGACGAUUUUGGGGAACCACGUGAGAAUUUCAAUAGGGACUGGGCCGAUUACAAAAAUGGAUUUGGCGAUCCCGCUAGGGAAUUUUGGCUUGGUAACGAAAAUAUUUACAUGCUUACCAACAACGAGGAUUACAUGCUGAGAGUCGAAUUGGAAGAUUUCGAGGGGAACAAGAGAUACGCGCAAUACUCGCAUUUCAAAAUUUACUCCGAGACUGAAUACUACAAGUUGGAAAUUGAUGGAUACGAGGGAAAUGCUGGAGAUUCUCUUAACGAUCCUUGGUACGGAUCUAAUAACAGUCCAUUCUCGACUUACAAUCGUGACAACGACAGAUCAUCCCUUAACUGCGCGUCGAUGCUCAAGGGUGGUUGGUGGUGGAAGUCAUGUGGACGUGGCCUUAAUGGACUCUAUUUGAACGAUCCUCAGGAUCUUACUGCCAGACAAGGCAUCGUCUGGUUCCGCUGGCGUGGUUGGGAUUACACCCUGAAGAAGGCGAUCAUGAUGAUAAAACCAAAAGGACCCAUGCCGAUUGCAUAAACAACCCCGUGAUUAAAUUCCUCGAGCGACUUUAUGCCCUUAUUAAGGAUAAGCUUUUUUUUAUUCGGUUAACGCGUUAAUCUCGAGGCUGUUGCUCCCGACCUGUUCAGUCGAUCGCAGUACCAAUAAUUGAGAAAAUAACCGAAAUCAAGUACACGUAUGAGUAUGGUAACACUUAACCACGCCGUAAAUAAUGGGCCUGAACCAAAUAGGUCUUUUGAAAGCAGCCUUAGGAACCAAAAAAAAAAGAAAAAAUCCGUAAUAAUUAUUAGGUAAUCGUAGCUCACACGCAUAAAUGCCAGUGUACGUCGAUUAAGUGUGCAAAAGAAUAAUCGGUAAUUUAAUGACGAUGAUAAAGAAAAGAGAAAAUCACCAAAAAAAAAGUUACUUCCCAAUGUGAUUUGACAGUUUCAAUUUAUGACAGGAUCAAUAAUUGAAAUUUAUUAUUUUAUCGUGAUAAAGUGCCGCAGCAUUCUAUUACGUAUGUAUUUAUAUUUAUCCACCUUGUUCGACGAGAUAUUUCUCCCUUUUCGAUUUAAUCGCGUGCAUCGCAUUGUCAGUCGGAUAUCGAUGUGCAAUAAGAAAGUUGGCACGAAUUUUUUGGGAAAAUUAAAUUCUUCCAAAAAGAAGAAACAAACAAAUUUUGAAUCUACCUGAACCGAAUCAACGUGCGGUAUGCGAUAUAAAUGUCCGAAAUCUAUUUAAAACUUUUUAAUUAAAUUAUAAAAAAAUGGGAUUACUUCUAUAACGUUUAGAUGAAGGAAGCGUAAGAUGUAGGUAACGGAAGGAAUUUAAGACUGUAUAUCUGUUGUUGCGAUUUUGUUAGAAAUUAUUUGCGAAUGUCAUUUUCGCUCUUCUAACGUCGCACUAGGCUUGACCUGACCGAGCAUAAAAAUUUGUCAUAAAAAAAUUGACACUGCCCCAUUUUGUCUAUUCGAAAAUUACACACGUUGUCUCCAUAUUUAAUUGAAGCGGUACCAUUGCCUUUGUAAGUCAAAAAUAAAUAUUUUGUUGUGCCUCAAAAAAAAAUUUUCCCUGGUACACUUUACUUUAUAGAGCACUAUAACAAUAAUGCUAAUUAUUAGCUCGGUCAGUGAACGGUUAAUUAAUAAUGGACUAAGAGUAGUAGAUUAAUUGAUAAAUUGUAGUAUCUAGUGAAUCGAGGCUAUCGGGACUAUGAUGCAAUGUCCGAGUAACUCACAAAACAGAUAAACGAGGAAUGCCCAAAACGAGCAGUGCGCAUGCGCAAUUCACUAAAUAACAUAUAACAAUCGUUUAAGCGUUCCUUCGAUGAUUGCACGCAAAUAUGAAAUAUAUAUUUUUGUAUUAAUUUAAGAGCGCAGUGGGCGUUACGUAUAUAAUUAUGUUUACGUCAAAAUUUAAUUGUCACAUCGAAUUAAAAGAAAACUCACGAAUCACAUUUUUUUGUCAAAAUAAAUAUAUCAAUAGGUUCUCUAUCGUCACAUUGCGCAACUGCGUACACUUCCGAUAUAAAUAUAUUAAUUAUGGCACAUCCCCAUGUAAAAUCUGCAAUUUCUAAUUCGUGUUGAAAUUAAUGUAACAGUGAUUAUUAAUUAUUAUUUUAGAUUAAGCGAAUGUACGUCGAGCGUGAAUCUUCGUUGGUGCGAGGUCCACUGCACAUUUGAAAAUUUUGCAUUUAUUUAAACCACUUUUUGUUUCUUCUUCGACUUAUUUCGGACGAUUAGAAGGAGGAGGGAGAUAUAGGUGAUUUUGGCAUUAACAUAAUAUUAAUAUAUGUUUUUUUUCGAAAAUUCUAAAACUAAGGCGGAAGCACGAAUGAAGAUUCGCCAGUGACGUUUCUAUCUACGACGACUAUCGCCAAUACAAGAAAGGCUCACGAUUUGACCCACAGGAUAUAGAAUAGUGAAUAGAAAUAUUCAUUAUAAAUGGAAUAACUAAUUGUAAAUAAAACGCACGUAAAAGUAUUGUAAUAAGUUGUAAAAAGCCCAUGAAUAAAUAUAUCUUUUGUAAAAUAGU